AUGGCAGAAGCGGUCGGUCUUGCUUCCGGGGUUUUGACCUUGGUAACCUUCGCUUUUAAAUCGAGUACAGUUCUUUUCAAAACGGUCCGCAAUUUCAAAGCCCAGGAUGCUAAUGCGCGCGCACUCAAAAGUGAGCUGAGUGAUCUAACUGGAGUUCUGCAAUCUCUCCUGGAAACGGUUACAAAUUACCCUGACAUUAAAUUCGACUCGCUUGAAUUGCCUCUCCUACGUUGUGGAAAGACUUGUGAAGAGUAUCAUAAGCUCAUUACUCGUUGUACAAAACAUUCUGAUGGAACUCGGCCAAGCGUACGGGACUGGAUCGGUCAGCAGUACCUGAAAGGGGACAUCGUAGACUUCAAAGAGAUGCUUGCCGGAACAAUUACGGCUGUUACGCGUAAUGCCAUCGAAGAAUACAAGGAUAUGAUAGAUGAUACAACCUCCGACCUUCAGAAACACAUGCAGCGGCUGGAUGAGAGAGUGCAGAGCUUGACCGCGCCUGAUACCGACACUGUCGAGUCUGAUAGCGCUGAUUGGCUUGCUCUCUUUGAGGAGAAAGAAAGUACUCGAAAAGGCCUCCAGAUCUGCGUCGAGUUGUCUGAACAUAUUGAAUCACUUGGAUCCACAACGAAAGAAAGUCAGCAGUUCUCCCAGCAGCCUACAGCAGAUAAAUAUAUCAGGAGUAGUCUGAGUUCCGCUAAGAGCUCUAUCAGUUUGUUGGAGGCACGUCUUAAAAGCCACGGGAGCAAGAUUGAUGAAAGGAUGGACGCUAUGAAAGUUAAACAGAAUCUAUCCGAAGACGACAUCAUACAACUGGCACAACUACAGGAAACGAAGGAAAGCAUCCGUCAGUGUAUGAACGUGGUUGCCGAUGCUGGCGAGGACUUGGCUAAAGAACGAGUCAAUGUGUUUGAAGACAUAAGUAUGAGUGACAAUAGUUAUGGUAUUACAGUUUCAACUGUAAAGGACUUGGUUUUAGCAAGGAGAGUCAAUCUGCAGGGCCAAGCGCGUUACGUUGGUGGGCAAAUAGACCAGGCAAGCUAUAACGCAACCAUUAACGCACUGACAGACUUGGAUCGAGGAAGCGUUCAAUAUGGCGGGCGGGAUACACGAGUCUCUUCUGAAGAUGGAGCGUUUCUUGAUCGUCAUGGCCGUGGCGUUAAACUUGCAUGGAAUGACAUAUCUACAAAGCCGUCCGGAGCAAGCUCAUAG